UCCAUCACAUUAUGUUUUCGUAUUUGUAUGGAGAGAGAGAGAGAGAGAGAACAACCGCUCUCUGAUUCUCUCUGGCUCUGCUUCUGUAGUUCUAUGACUGAGGAGAUAAACGGAAACCAUGAACCCUUCUCCUCCUCUUCCUCUGUCAACGGCGGGGAUGAGCAUGAGGUGACGGUGUUCCAGGGGAAACCAUCCUCGAUGCUGAACACUAUAACCGCAAAUGCUUUAUGGUUGGGAGCCAUUCAUUUCAAUGUGAUCCUGCUCGCAAUGGCCCUCCUUUUCCUCCCUAAGUUUAUGGCUUUCACGGUAUUUGCAGUUCUCCUAUUAUUAAUGGUGAUCCCCAUUGACGAGAAGAACAAGCCAGGGAGAAAAUUGGCCAGGUAUAUCUGUAAGCACACCUGUGGGUAUUUUCCGGUGACUCUUUAUGUGGAGGACAUUAAGGCAUUUGAACCGAAUCAAGCUUAUGUUUUUGGUUAUGAACCACAUUCAGUUUUACCAGUUGGCAUUAUUUCUCUUGCUGAACUUACGGGUUUCAUGCCUCUAACAAAGAUCAAAUUCCUUGCUAGCAGCGCUGUUUUCUAUGCACCUUUCCUGAGGCAUAUAUGGACAUGGCUGGGGUUUACACCUGUAACAAGGAAGAAUUUUACAUCACUCUUGGAAGCUGGUUAUAGUUGCAUUUUAGUGCCAGGUGGGGUGCAUGAGACCCUUCUAAUGGAACAUAGUUCUGAGAUUGUCAUCCUUAAGAAAAGAAAAGGAUUUGUCCGCAUUGCUAUGGAGACCGGCCGACCUCUGGUUCCAGUUUUCUGCUUUGGUCAGUCAAACGUUUACAAGUGGUGGAAGCCUAAAGGGAAGUUGAUCCUGCAACUUUCUAGAGCUAUCAAGGUCCCCCUAGUUGUCUUCUGGGGAAUUUUUGGAACACCUGUGCCAUAUCAACAUCCCAUGCAUGUUGUGGUGGGUAGACCGAUUGAGCUUAAGAGAAAUCCACAACCUUCAGUUGAAGAGAAACUCUGCUGCAACAUGGUUAUGGAGGUGUCAUAAUUUGGCAAGCUAAAUAAAUCCGCAACAUUGUUUUACAUAGGCAGCUUUAAAGUGGUCGUCGCCAAGAGAAAUACUCAAGUGAACAGAGAAAAUAUUGUUUUUCUUUUUCAUCUGGGCAGGUUGAUAAAAUCCACAGCAAGUUUGUAGAAGCCAUGCAAGAGCUCUUUGAAAAGCACAAAGCCAGGGUUGGUCGAGCUGAUCUCCAGCUGAGAAUUCUUUGAUAGAAGCCUCUGUGUUUCCACCUUCAAUGUUCAUCUGCUUGUAUUUGUAAGUUUGACUGAUAAAACCUCCUUCAAGGCAUGGUAAGUUCUGAUUUAGUUUCUGUUUAUAGUUUAUACGCCUUGUGCCAUCAUUGUAAGGCCCCAGCUAGAGAACAAUUCAGUCAUUUUAAAUUAGAAUUUGGGUGUGGGGAUUGGAAAUAAGGUAUUUUGUGUAUAUAUAACAAUGCAGGGGAAAUAAAGAACUGCACUACCUUAUUUAUCA